AUGUUUGGUGAAUUGGACCCAGGCUCCAUGGGGGAUUCUGUUAGUAAUGUUUGUUAUUGUGGUGGUGAUGCACUUGACAAUGGCAGUUGUUAUCCAUCCACCCCAAACAAAUACAGUAGCUGUAGUUCUUGGUUACAUUAUGUUAGUGUCAUGAAGCAGAUUGUACGACUGCACCGCUUUUCUAUUGAAAGUAUUAUCACUCUGUGCACCAACUUGCUUAUUAUAGAGUUUGUGCCUCAGUGGGGGCAAAUACCUGAUCCCAGAAUCCACUUGAGGCCUUUACCAAAUCCACCUGGGAAAAAUAACAACACAGCCAUUGAAUCAACAUGGGGUUUACCAAAAUCCAUGGAAAAGAUUCUGAGAUGA